AACAGAAAUGCUCUGCCCUUGCAGAACUCAUGACCUAGGGCUACUCUUGAUGUUGACCUCCUUCUUCGUGUCGGAUUCAAGUAGUUCAUGCAUGGAUGGAAAUCAGACAUUAUCUCCUACAGAAGAUAACACUUGGCUAUCUGUGCAGAUGGGUACAAAGGCUGUGCUCUGUUGCCCUCGUAUUCCACCAACAUCAGUGUUGAUACUAACAACAUGGAAAAUAUACCUCAGAGACAAGCCUUCGUGCAGCAUGUCCCUCAACAGAGAAACAAAUCAGACCGGGAACAACAACUGUACUGAUGGGAGAAUUUCCAGGGCCUCCAGACCUGACCAGAAUCUUGAACUUCAGAUCCAUCCAGUGUCCAUCUCACAUGAAGGGGAUUACAGGUGUGAAAUGGGAGCAACUGAUGGAAAUUUUGAACAUACRUAUCACCUCCAAGUGUUAGUGCCCCCUGAAGUGAUCCUGUCUCCGGAGAAGAAUAGAACUGUGGAGUGCAAAGCAAUUGCAGGCAGGCCAGCUGCACAGAUUUUUUGGGCCCCAGAGGGGGAUUGUGUCACUGGGAAAGAAUACCAGGACAAUGGCACAGUGACAACCAGGAGUAGGUGCCAUUAUCCAGAUGGCAAUCUGUCCACCGUGACCUGCUUGGUCUCCCACCCGACUGGCAACAGGAGUCAAUCCAUAGAUCUGCUUCCUGGUGCCAAAGGAACAGAAAAAUUGUAUUAUCUAUACAUCUUCAUCCCUGUUAUUUUGGUCAUUGGGGGAUUCAUUUGUUGUUUGAAAAUCAGCGGUUACAGAAAAUGUAAAUUGAAAAAACCAGAAGCUACUACAGUUGUUGAGGAGGAUGAAAUGCAGCCCUAUGCCAGCUACACAGAGAAGAAUAAUCCACUUUAUGAUACUAUAAACAAGGUGGAGAUACCUCAGGUGUCACAAAGUGAAGUUGAUGGCACGGGCCUCCAUACUUUAUAA